UAUAUUCCCCGUAUUCUUUUUUUUUGUUUUCAUUUAUUUCCGAAAUUAUAUUCCCGGGUAACAGGUUUCUGAAAAAGCUUUAACAAGACCGAAACGGGAUUGAUGAAGUCAUUGUGGCUCUCAAGGGCAAACCCCAAUCUAUAAAAUAUUAGGAAGCACUUGCUUGUCAAGGAGGUUCGUUUGACUCGUUUCCACUUCAAUUUGUAAAAAAACCCUAAUUGAGCCUCAAUCACAGUCUAAAGAGAAAACAGAUGGGCGAGGAAUUGUUUCAGAGGGGUGAAAAUCCAGUGCCUCAAGUUUAUUAUAAUCCAUCACUAUACAGCACUGAAAUUGACAUUGACUCUGUAGCCCAGAACGCCGUUCUGCGUGAGCAAGAAAUUGCAACCCAAAGAGUUCUACAAGUUCAAAGAGAGGCAGGUGCAACUCCAAAAGAUGAUACAGAUAUUUUUGCUGAACGCCGUGACCCCAAUGCUUUAAAGGAGCACCUACUGAAGAUGACCACUGAACAUCGUGCCGAAAUGGCUUUAAAGCGCAGGAAGCCUGCUGCUGUUGAAGAAGGUCAUGUAGAAAUUGGAAAUGGCUAUGGUGUUCCUGGUGGAGGUGCGUAUUAUGGUUCUUCAAGGCCAGAACUUAAUAAAGAGUCAGAAAAGAAGUCUGCUUCUAAGGAACUCCCUGAGUACCUUAAACAGAAGCUGAGAGCAAGGGGUAUUCUAAAAGAUGACACAGGAAAUGGCCAUCCUUUAAAAGACGACAGUAAGUUGGAGACAAGUUCAAGUCAACCAGUUAAUAUUGGAAAGUUGCCUUCUGGAUGGGUUGAAGCUAAAGAUCCCACCAGCGGUACUACAUAUUAUUACAAUGAAAGCAUUGGAAAGAGUCAGUGGGAAAGGCCAGUUGAAAUGUCUUCAAUUACACAAAUGCCAUCACCUCUACCUCUAGAAGACUGGGUUGAGGCAGUGGAUGAAACUAAUGGACAAAAGUAUUACUACAAUACAAAGACCAAUGUGUCACAGUGGGAGCAUCCUAAUUCUUUAGAGAUUGUUGCCUUACAACAGCACUGUAACAUAUCAGAUUCUGGAAAUCAGAGUUGGAAUGACCAGUCAUUUGAGCUAAAGAAAUGCUUGGGAUGUGGUGGAUGGGGAGUAGGCCUUGUGCAAGAAUGGGGCUAUUGCAAUCAUUGCUCACGAGUUCUCAAUAUUGCCCAAUGCCACAACACAACAUCUAGUUUCGGUGAACAACAACGGACCAACAAUUUUGCAAAUGUCAAAAGAGAUUCUGAUAAAAGGGAUUCAAAGCAAAGGUCUUGGAAACCUCCUGUGGCGAAAGGAAAUAGGAGAGAGAGCAGAAAGCGUGCCCAUACCGAAGAUGAUGAGUUAGACCCUAUGGACCCAAGCUCUUAUUCAGAUGCUCCCCGAGGUGGCUGGGUUGUUGGCCUGAAAGGGGUGCAGCCACGAGCAGCUGACACUACUGCUACGGGUCCUCUGUUUCAGCAGCGCCCGUACCCAUCUCCAGGAGCCGUCUUACGAAAGAAUGCUGAAAUUGCUUCGCAAACUAAAAAAUCUGGCUCUCAUUAUGCACCUAUCUCAAAGAAAGGGGAUGGGAGUGAUGGGCUUGGUGAUGCAGACUGAGGUUCUGAUGUAAAUGGUGUGGAUUUGGAAAAAUGGAUGGUUAUUUUAGGGCUACAACUAACGGUGACAGAAAAGCACCAGGCUGCUGUAGCUGUGAACACAGGCUAAUUGGUUUCCGGGCAUUUUGGCUUUUUUCUCCAGCAAAUUUGUCUAUUUCAUGGUUUUGCGAGAUAAUGACCAGACCAGCAGUGUAGCAUGAUGGAGUGCCUGUGCCUGCCUUCUGAGGAAAUGAAAUGAUGUCUCCAACAGACUCUUGCGUUUUGUAUGGUUCAUCGUGUAUUUUCUACGCUUGUUGUUUUUACAUAUUUGUUAUAAGAUAUGGAUCAUAAUAGCUCUUAGGAUCCAAGUUGAUUUUUUUUUUUCUUCCCUUCUCUGAGUUGUGAAUAUCGACCAUUUUAUAGUCUUUGCAACGUACCGAUUUUGUAUAUGGCUAACUUUUCGUUUUCA